GAGAGUUAUCCACUGACCAUCAUCACCUAUGUGGGACUGACCCUCUCCCUUCUCUGCCUCUUCCUUGCCAUCCUCACCUUCCUCCUGUGCCGCUCCAUCCGCAACAUCAGCACCUCCCUCCACCUGCAGCUCUGCCUCUGCCUCUUCCUGGCCGACCUGCUCUUCCUCACCACAGUGAACAGUGUCACCAAUGAGGUGGUGUGUGCUGUCAUUGCUGGCCUUCUACACUAUCUCUUCCUGGCCUGCUUCAGCUGGAUGUUACUAGAGGGGCUGCACCUCUUCCUCACCGUCAGGAACCUGAAGGUCGUGAAUUACACCAGUGCCAGCCAGUUCAAGAAGAGAUUCAUGUACCCGUUUGGCUAUGGAUUCCCAGCCCUGGUGGUGGCUAUUUCUGCAGCGGUGAAUCCUGGUGGCUACGGAACUUCCAAACACUGCUGGCUCACAAUAGAGGGAGGCUUCAUCUGGAGUUUCCUUGGACCGGUCUGCCUUAUUAUUGUGAUGAAUUUAACAUUUUUUAUCACAACCCUCUGGAUCCUGAGAGACAAAAUCUCCUCCCUCAAUGCAGAUGUCUCCACCCUCAAAAACACAAGCAAGCUCAAACCAUCUCUGACCGUGGAGGAAAACCGUGAGCUCCUUGGUCAGUGCUUCAAAAGUUUAUUUCCCCUUCCUCCCUUGGAGAAGAUGAAAGAGGAAGACGGGACAGCAAAGGAUGCUCUGCAUAUACAACUCCUCAGGAAAUGGUUCAGUUCGGGGAAGGAGUGGGAGAGAGAACGGGCCUUGCAGGCCAGCACCCAGCUGCAGACUGCCUAUCAAGAGGUAGUUCAUAGCACAUAUGAUCCCGAGCUUUCGUCACGGCAGUUUGGGGUUGAGCUCUCCCGACUGACCAAUGAGGAGCGAGCGGUGCCACUGGUGGUGGAGAAGCUCAUAAACUACAUUGAAAUGCAUGGAUUGUACACCGAGGGCAUUUACAGGAAGUCAGGCUCAACCAAUAAGAUAAAGGAGUUCCGACAGGGUCUUGAUACAGGCCUGCAGGAGAGGAAGGAGACCAUCCGAGGCAUGUACUCUGUCAUUGAUCAGCUCUCUCGCACCCACCUCAGUACCCUGGAACGCCUCAUCUUUCACCUUGUGAGGAUUGCCCUGCAGGAAGAGACCAAUCGAAUGUCAGCUAAUGCCCUGGCCAUUGUGUUUGCUCCCUGUAUUCUCCGCUGUCCUGACACAACUGACCCACUGCAGAUCGUUCAGGACAUCAGUAAAACAACCACCUGUGUGGAGUUGAUUGUCGUAGAGCAGAUGAAUAAAUACAGGGCUCGUCUCACGGACAUCAACAGCCUGGAGUUUGCUGAGAACAAAGCAAAAAGCAGGCUGUCUUUGAUCCGCAGAUCAGUG